AUGGUUCACUAUUCACUUGAUCCAGAAAACCCCACAACAUCAUGCAAAUCAAGAGGUUCAAAUCUUCAUGUUCACUUUAAGAACACCCAUGAAACUACCCAAGCCAUCAAGGGUAUGCGUAUCCAAAAAGCCACCAAGUAUCUGAAAGAUGUCACUUUACAGAAGCAAUGUGUACCUUUCCAGCAUUACAAUGGUGUAGUUGGUAUGUGUGCCCAGGACAAACAGUGGGGUUGGAUGCAGGGUCAGUGGCCCAAAAAGAGUGCUGAAUUUUUGCUGCAUGUGCUUAAAAAUGCAGAGAGUAAUGCUAAACUGAAGAGUUUAGAUGUACAUUCUCUGGUCACUGAGCAUAUCCAGGUGAACAAAGCACCCAGAAUGCGCCACCACACUUACAGAGCUCAUGGUCAGAUUAACCCAUACGUGAGCUCACCCUGCCACAUCGAGAUGAACCUUACUGAAAGGAACAAAUUCAGUAAGAGGAGGUUGCACAGAAGAAAAAGAUAUCGCAGAAGAAACUGA